CAUGCUCUUACAUAAUCCGUGGUAUGUACGUGACGUUUGAACGAACGGUGGCUCAAAGCGCUGAAAGAGAGUGCAACGAUUAGGCCUUAUCUGCUUGUAAUUUUAUCAAUGUUCACUUCGUAUUUGCCCUAUUCACAUUAUCUUGCCGUUACAUGUCAUGCCUUGUGAAGUCAUGUUAUACGUUACUGUCAAUUUUCACAAAUGAAACUUCAAGGUCGUUGACGUAAUUGAACAUGAGAAUGAUUUGCAUUUCUGGACUGUGGAAGGUACUGAUGGUAGUGCCCGUUUCCAGAAACUCAGUCUUUAAAGGAAACUGAAGCAGCCUGGCGACUGAAUCAAGCAAAUCAUGGCUUCUGUUCGACAAAGAAAGAAUGUUUCACUUCUGUUGGAGAUUUUGGAUAAAAAGGAAAAAUGUGGAUUUAAUUCAGGCUCUUCAGAAUCCAAGAUUUUCUGCACAUAUAUCCACAACAUAAGCUAACUGGAGAUCAUGGACCACCUAGCCAUUCCAAUAAGACAAAAAAGAAUCCAUCACAUAGCAGAAAUUCAAUAAAGAUGCAAAACUGCUUUUGCAUGUUAAUAGCUUUUGUUGUUGUUUCAACUAUUGUGACAGGUUCAUACUUUGAUGUACUACCAUGGAGUCCAUAUAAGCAUGCAACAAAUACCUUGGAUAAAGUGGCUUUCACACUGGGAUUACAGAAGCAUUCAUAUGCAGUUAUCAUAGAUGCUGGGAGCACAGGUUCUCGUGUGCUUGCUUUCACAUUCCAUGAAUCUGUAAUAGAUAAGAACUUGAAAUUAGACCAUGAGCUGUUUAUCGAAGUAAAACCAGGUCUUUCUUCUUUUUCUGACAACCCAACAAAGGGGGCAGAAACAAUAGCAGGGCUGCUGGAAAAAGCUAAGGAGGUGAUACCACCAUCAGAAUUAAAAAACACGCCACUCGCCAUGAAGGCCACAGCGGGGCUGCGACUUCUGCCUGUCAAGAAGGCUGAAGGUUUACUGGAAGAAGUUAGGAAAUUGUUCAAAGCAUCUCCAUUCCUGACAAAUGACAACUCUGUGUCUAUCAUGGAUGGAUCAGAUGAAGGCCUCUUCUCGUGGUUUACAGUGAACUUUCUUCUUGAUCUUUUUGGUGGUGAUCAAGAACAAACAAUGGCAGCUCUUGAUUUAGGUGGUGGCUCUACACAGAUUACAUUUAUACCUACUGAUCAAGAAACACUAAAUCACACUAAAUCAGAAUUUCUUCGUCAUAUAUCAGCAUUUCAUCAUAACCUUACUGUUUAUACACAGAGUUACUUAGGUCUUGGUAUGAUGGCUGCACGGAAGGAAAUUCUCUCUGUUGGAAAUGCCCAGGGUGCUACCACAUUGAGGAGUGAGUGCAUUAAUCCUAUUAUCACAACAGAGUGGACCUAUGCUGGAGUCACUUAUACAGUCAUGGGACCAGAGAAAUCUCAUUAUAAGGAAGAGAAAGUAGACAGAAAUGUGAAACAAAAAUAUCCUAUAGUGAAAUUUGAGGAAUGUUUUAACAUUGUUAGCAGUUACGUGAAUAAAACAGUCGAUAAACCAAAAGAACUAAAUCACAAGAAAAUUAGUGCUUUCUCAUAUUACUAUGACAGAGCUACAGAAAAUAGUCUAAUAGAUCCCUUUACUGGUGGUGCUACAACUGUACAAGAUUUCCAUAACGCUGCUAAUAAAACAUGUGAAACUCCUAAUAGUGAGCAGCCAUUCAUGUGUUUGGACCUCACCUUCAUAUCAGUUUUACUCCAACAAGGCUUUGGACUCUCUCUAGAUAAAGAAUUGCAUCUCUAUAAACAAAUUGAUGGUCACGAAAUCAGUUGGGCCCUUGGAGCAGCAUUCCAUAUUUUACAGAAUGGACUCUAGGAUGAUUUCAUCAUAAUCAUUAUUUAUAUAAUGAUUUGUAGUUUUUAUAAAAGAAGCUUUAGUACAUUGUUUCUUUGCCUUUUGUGCCUUCAUUACACUAGUCUGUCACUUGUGAAAUAACAGAGUACCAUAAUUUGAUUCAUUCGUUGAAUGUAUGCUCAUUCAUGGAAGCACUCAAAUGUUAUGUAUGAUAUGACACAGAUGUUGAGUUCAGUUCCAUUUUCACAGUUUUGAAAUAUUUUUAAGAGAUAUUAGUUGGAUGUUGUAUGAAAUAAAAUGUGAAACACAAAAGACUGAAAUUAUUGUUGAUUUUGCACUGGUGAUGUUGAUGUAAGUAACUUGAAAUAAGUAUAAAAAAUUACUGUUUUUGUCUAUCCAUACUUUGUCUCUUUCUUUCUUUCAAGAUAUUUUGGUCCCUGUUUUGACCGUCAUCGGGUGAAUAUAACUAUGAAAUGAUGUUGAUGAACUCAUAGGUUUUCACUAUGGUGAGUGUUAGGAUUGUGGUUUACUGGGUUAUGACAUGUAACCAAGCAGGUUAAUGCAGCAUUAACACUCUAGACUUGUAGUGAAGAGGUGCUCAGUUCAAAUCUUGGCCAGGACACCGGCUCUCUGGACCGAGGUUUCUUGUGGUUUUACUCAGUCCUUCAGACAUGCCAGCAUGAUGCCUUGAUUCGGCAGUGACCGUUCUUUCCAAUUCAUUAAUUGUACUCCUUGUAGCAUUCAUUGCUGUAUGGUCUAGAUACUGAAAGUAUUGUAAAAUAAAUUGCAAAGGAAACGGACCCAUGCAGUUUCAUAGGUGAUAUUGAUGUUUCAGAUGUACCUGCUGCAUCCAUCUUCAGUCCUGAGGAUGGAGGCAGCACAUUUGUUUGCAUUGUUGAUAACCACCUACAGAAUAACACAAUGUCAUCAUUAAGAUACCACUAGCUUAAAACUAGAUCUUGAUUCAGAUGAGCAUUGAUUAGUAUGUGGAUUGAAACCCUAUGUUUGGAGCUGGGAUGGCAGGAGUAGGAGAUUUUCCUCUUAUCUGUAAUGUCCAGACCAGCUCUAGAGCCCACCCGGCCUCUUAUGUAAUGAUUACUGAGGGCUCUUACCCAGUGGUAAAGCAGUCAGGGUGUGAAGCUAAACACACACAUCUUCAUGAUGUGAAUUAAGCAUAGGGAGAGCUUACAUUUACUUUUACCCUUAAUGUUUAAAAUGGUGUCACUUUUAACAAUGUCACCUUUCUUCGUUCCUAUCAUACAUACAUGCUGUAUAGAGUGUGCAAGUAUAUGCUCAGAAAAUUUUGGUUUUAUUAAGUGAUAGAAUUUGCUGCUUUUAAUAAUGUGUAUGAUUGGAGAAAAGGAAGGUGAAAUUGCUAAAAAUCUGACCAUAUUUAAAGUUAGGGUUGUAACCCAGAUACUAAUUAGCACUUGCUGGACUGAAAAUGCUUAUAUAGCUAUUUUCACAGAUGAUCCAAGAAGGGACCAAAACAUGAUGUGAGAGAGAAGGCUGAGUUUUUCAGAACUGAACAGGUCAAUAACAACAAAAGAAUGCAGUCACUAAGUAAAAGAACAAAUGGAGUACAUGUUCAUGGUGGUGAAAUAAUGGUGUGCUUUAUUCUUGAACAGUAGAACAGAAUUAUUCUAAAGCCAACUACCAUUUUAAUUGCAUAUUGAUGAACACAUUAGAUAGCUGAUCUGUUCAUAAAUGAGCUAAGUCUUAUUAUGUAAGUUCAGUGGCUAUAAUAGCAGUUAUUCCUCUGUUUAUGUUAUUGAAAGAAUCAGAAUUUAAGAUUAAAAUCCCCCCUUAAGGCACUCUGAAUAAAACCUUCUCUUUGACUUCAGAACUGUUUUUUUGUUACAUCAUCAGUGCUCUCUAAAGACUGGCAUCUUAAUGUUCUCACCCCAUCUUCAGCAUUGUUUUGUACUUAUAAGAAACUAGUGGCAUACCAACUGAGAAAUACUGUACUUAGUAAAAGAAAGCUGUUUUUAAGGCUGAUGGGAUAUUUAUAAUGCUAUUUUUCAGCAACAGAUGUGGAUUUUACAGCCUUCUCACCACCAUGAGAAGACAGUACUUUUUUUUACUUCUUUUAGAGAGCUCGUUCUGAUAGCUCUUGGGAAUUCCUUGUACGUUUCAAAGCUUGAUCAUAUGUGCCCAUGUUCAGAAUGUGACAUAUAAGAUAUUUGAGUUCAAUGAGGAAGGUGUGAGCACUUGGUUGCUUGGAAGGCAGGACUAGCACCACAGGUUUUAUAAUUUUAAGCUUACAUAGUGGAAACUUGAAGUAUUGCUUGAUGGAAGGUAGCUGACUGCUGCAAUUUGAAACCUAAAUUUAGCAGUGAUUGUUUAGUGUCACUAACAUAUUCUACUGAAUGGAAAAUGGUGAGGAAGGUGGAAAAUAUA